AUGUCGGCCCUCGCCCGACGGCGCGUCCCGUCGUGUGCGUCAGCGCUGCCGCCGCGAAUCCGGCUGCGGAACCCGGCCUUCUCGACCUUUAUUGCCCUCAACGCCCGCCGCGUGCCCUACUCGAAUACCGGCUUCACGAGCAGCUACGACCCGACGCAGGACGCAAGCCGUGGCCCCAUCUUCGACAAGGCCGCCUUUGGCGUUCCCCAGUUCUACCCCCGCGAUCUGAAGCGCCGAGUCGACGACUACGUGGUCGGCCAGGAGCGGGCCAAGAAAACAAUAUGUUCCGUGAUAUUCAACCACUACCAGUCGCUCCGCCGCCGCCAGCACCACGACACUGAGGACCAGCGCUUACGAGAGAAGCUUCAGAGACAAUCUCGGCGCCAGGCCGAGGAGCGUUACCAGCAGGACGAAGAACGCGCGAGGCACAACGACUUUUCCCGAGGGUCAUACCAGCUCCCGGAAGAGCCACCGGACAGUUCAGCGGACCCUUUCCAUAUCCCCGACGUCUUCGAUGCGCCACCCCACGUCAAAAUAGACAAGAGCAAUCUUCUCCUGCUCGGGCCAACGGGCGUGGGAAAAACAUAUAUCCUUGAAACACUGAGCAAGAAGCUCAACGUGCCGUUCGCCAUAAGUGACUGCAAUGCUUUUACACAGGCGGGGUAUAUUGGACAGGACGUUGAGGCGUGCAUAGAGCGCCUACUGAUUGAGGCCAACUACGACGUCGAAGCCACCGAGCACGGGAUCGUGGUGCUGGACGAGUUCGACAAGAUCGCAAGGCGAGAGACGAUCAAUGGGAGAGACGUGGGAGGCGAAGGUGUCCAGCAGGCUUUGCUGAAGCUUGUAGAAGGGACAAAGAUCACAGUCAAUGUCAAGGAUCACCGCUCCUCGCGCUCGACGGCCGCACCAUCUAACAGCUACGGGUCAUCGUCGCCGUCGCAACCAUCCUCGUCGGUCCCGCCAUCAUCUGCCCCGGCAUCCGGCAAGGUCGAACAGUUCAUCAUCGACACCACCAACAUCCUAUUCGUCUUCUGCGGCGCCUUUGUGGGACUUGACAAGACAGUUCUUAGACGAGUUUCCAAGCGGUCGAUGGGCUUUGGGUCUGAAAUCCGCAGCCUGCGGAAUUCAUCCCUCCCGGGCGCCGGCGAGGAUAUUCUCCCACGCGCCAUGUACAACCACCUCCCCCACCAGCCAGCAGUGCCGUCGGAGAGCGUAGCUGCGCCAGCGUGGGGCGGGGGGUUCACUCCGCUCGACCUGACGACGCCUGCGGAUCUCCAGGCCUUUGGCUUCAUACCGGAACUCAUCGGGCGGAUGCACAACAUCUGCGCGCUCACGCCGCUGUCGCUCGACGAGCUGUACCGCAUCUUGACAGAGCCCGUCAACUGCCUAGUGGCGCAGUACGUGGCGUUGUUCGAGACGUAUCCGAGCCGGCUGUUCUUCACGCGGCGGGCGCUCCUCGCCAUCGCUGAGCGGGCGGCCAAGAACGAGACGGGCGCGCGCGGCCUGAAGAUGGAGAUGGAGCGCGUCCUGGCCGAGCCAAUGUUCGACGCCCCGACGCCCUACGUGCUGAUCACCGAGGGCUGCGUGGGCGGCACGGAGAAGGCUAGGUACUGGGGCAAGGACGGCCGCUUGGAGCUGGAACGGGUCAUGCGCGACGAGGACGAGAGGCCGGCCGAGUCUGCCGAGCCGGAUGCCACGUUUGAGCAGUUCCGCGAGGCCGGCCAGAGCGGCGCAUGAAGUUGAAUGGUGUUUUUUUGAGCGUUGGCUACUAUGGCAUACGGAUGACAGACGGACGACACAGGCGUUUUGUAAGUAGGGUUUGGAACACAGGCGGGACAUGGAUAAGGACAAGAAGAUAGGAAUUGGGCGGGCUUUUUCGGAGAGUACUGCAUUUUACAUUUACAUGGUACCUAAGGUAUUCAACAGAACGGGCUUGAAUUUUUGAACACGGAAUAUCUUUGGCUUGGUGCUUAACAUGCCCCUUUUCCUCUUGGUCCUGUCCUAGCAAGUCUUUGAUUGCAUCAUUGGGGCCGUUGGUGGGGUGGGCGGCAUCGGAGCUUCACUGAUUGCUUUCUCCAAACUUUUUGUAAGAUGGAGGGGAAAAAAGGAGGGGCAGUGGUUUUCCAU